AUGGUGGAGAUGGAGUUUGAGAAUGUGGAGUUGUUGAGAAAGGGAAGGAGGAAAGAGAGGAGUGAAGUCUCGAUUUCGAAGGCGGGGAAGCAUUUCGAUAAAUUUGGUGUUGAGGAGCUGGAUAUUGGUGGGGGCUUAGAGGUAGAGUCCCCGGUCGUAAAAAAUAAGAUAGUCAGAAAACCGGUGGAUAUUUCUACCGAGAGCCCUAAAGAGAUCGGUGAACAUAAGGGUUUAGAAGAUGAGGAUGCAGAAGUAGCUUUUUAUAAAUACUCGACAAGACAAGAAGAGGAAAGGCAGAAAAGAAUAACCGGGAAGAGGAAGUUAAGCAAUCUUGAAUAG